CAACAGUUCUAAGAAACUAAAACACGAGAAUUUUCAAGGCUAAAUCCGUAAUUCACCAUCUCUGAAACUACAUUUAAAACCGGACGUUCCCCCACCUUCACUUCUCGCGCUCUCUGUUAUUACAAAGAAAAGAAAUAGAAACUACAGCUGUCACCGCCGUAACAGAAAUGGCGACGCCGAAACUGAAACGUAACUUCCCUCCGAUAACGGAAUGUAACGGAGUCACGUCUUCUUCUUCGCCGCGUGAAACUGUUGCCGCUGAUCUUGACGGUACUCUUCUCAUUUCUCGAAGCUCUUUUCCUUACUUCAUGCUCGUCGCCGUUGAAGCUGGAAGUCUCCUCCGUGGCUUCAUUCUACUCCUUUCUCUUCCCCUAGUGAUCAUCUCUUACCUCUUCAUAUCUGAAUCUCUCGGUAUUCAGAUUCUCAUCUUUAUCUCCUUCUCCGGUCUCAAAAUCCGUGACAUCGAACUCGCUUCACGCGCCGUGCUUCCAAGGUUUUAUGCUGCGGAUGUGAGGAGAGAGAGCUUUGAGGUGUUUGAUCGGUGCAAACGGAAGGUAGUGGUGACGGCGAAUCCGACGGUGAUGGUGGAGGCGUUUGUGAAGGACUAUCUCGGCGGUGAUAAGGUUUUGGGAACGGAGAUCGAGGUGAAUCCUAAGACGAAGAAGGCAACUGGAUUCGUGAAGAAAUCCGGUGUGCUUGUUGGAGAUUUGAAGCGUUUGGCGGUUACGAAAGAGUUUGGUGAUGAAUUACCUGAUAUUGGACUUGGAGAUCGCAAAACUGAUCACGAUUUCAUGUCUAUAUGCAAGGAAGGGUACAUGGUACCUCCAAGCAAAUCAGCAAAACCAGUUCCUCUAGAGCGUCUAAAGAGCCGAAUCAUCUUCCACGAUGGUCGCUUUGUACAGCGUCCAGACCCGAUAAACGCCAUUAUCACCUUCGCCUGGAUCCCAUUCGGCUUCAUCCUCUCCCUCAUCAGAGUCUACUUCAACCUCCCACUCCCUGAACGCAUAGUUCGCUACACCUAUGAACUCCUCGGCAUCAAGCUUGUAAUCAGCGGCCACCGUCCUCCGCCACCAUCUCCAGGAACCCCCGGAAACCUCUAUGUUUGCAACCACCGCACCGCCCUCGACCCCAUCAUCAUCGCCAUUGCCCUAGGCCGCAAAGUGUCAUGUGUCACCUACAGCGUCAGCAAACUCUCCCGCUUCCUUUCACCAAUCCCCGCUGUCGCCCUCACCCGAGACCGUGCCGCAGAUGCAGCCCGCAUCACCGAGAUUCUCCAAAAGGGUGACCUCGUUGUGUGCCCAGAAGGCACCACGUGCCGUGAACCUUUCUUGCUACGGUUCAGUGCUCUGUUUGCUGAACUGAGUGAUAGGAUCGUUCCCGUAGCUAUUGAUUGCAAACAGAACAUGUUCUUUGGGACCACUGUUCGUGGAGUCAAAUUCUGGGACCCUUAUUUCUUCUUCAUGAAUCCUAGGCCUGUUUAUGAGGCUAGGUUUCUUGACCGGCUACCGGAAGAGAUGUCAGUUAAGGCUGGUGGGAAAUCUUCUAUUGAGGUUGCUAAUCAUGUGCAGAAGGUUUUGGGGGAUGUGCUUGGAUUUGAGUGUACUGGUUUGACAAGAAAAGAUAAGUAUCUGUUGCUUGGAGGAAAUGAUGGGAAGGUGGAGUCCAUGUAUGGUGUCAAAAAGUGAGGGAAAAAAUACCAGUAAUCAACUCCUUUUACCAACUAUCACUAAAAAUUUGGUGCAUUAAGCAUAUAUAGUUGAUUAGUAAGUCAAAUUUAAGAAGAGUAUCCCAUUCGAAUUUCUGAGUUUGGGUUUUAAAAGUUGGAAUUUGAGUACUAUCAUUUUUAUUAUAUUGAAUUUGCAUUGUUUUUGUCCAAUAAUAAUUCCUGAUACCUUAUUAGUUUUUA